AUUCCCAUUCUGUCAUCAUCCUGGUCCUCGUAGCUUGUUUCAACAGAUUGACCUACAUACCGCUCAUGGUAACGUUAUCUGAUCACGAAUGCAUUGCCUCGGGGGCCCUACCUACUCGCAACUGCAACCUGGAGUCAAAUUUAAACCAGUCCUGGUGAAUCCCGCGACUCGUUCGUGUUCUCGGAGUACUCGUGUGGUUCCUCUCAGGAAACCAUGGCAGUACUACUAGGUACUACAGUCUACCAACCACGGGUGUUAUUGAGAGUACUCUCAGUCCGGUCUCCACACAUGGUUUGGCCCUUGCUAGAAUUAUUGGAGGGGUUGCUCUUGGAGUUUAGGUUCUUUAGUUCGUCCGCACGUGCAAACCAGAGGCAAACGUCACAUUCCCCACUUCUGCAUCCGGAUCAAAUACGAACUGAUCUUCAGAGGGAUCAUGCCACCACGUCAGACGACGAGGCAUUACUCUGUUCCAUCUGUGCAAAUCUGAAUUUUUACCAGAUCUUCCUUGAAGGCAUCCCGGAGACGGAGGAUAUCCCGCUCGAUUAUCUCUCGUCCAUCUUAAAAAAAUCCUACCAAUGCAGUUUCUGCCGCCUCAUAUCCUUUCAUGUUCGGCGAACAUGGAUGUUGGACAAGUUUCCUCACGUUGAUAUCUCGGGAAUCGAAUGUAGGAUGUUCACGAAACACUGCGGUUGUCUUCAGUUAGCCACUUAUCCCCCAUCCAAAUUCCGUUGCCACCGCCUCCACAUCACGAUGGAAGGCAUAGAGGACCUUUGGAAGAGAUAUCCAGCUUUCAGGAUAGCAAGUGCGCUUAACAUUCACCUUAUGCAAGAAGACGCAUUCAAGUUUGGAAGACCGGCCGACCUUCAUUGUCGCAGGAUGAAGAACACUGUGGAUAUCAAAAUGGUGAAGAAAUGGAUCAAACUGUGCCACAAGAGCCAUGGAGAUAUAUGUAAAAGUUUCUUGAGAAUAGGCGAACACGACAACAGGAAACUGCCGGGGUUUGUGAGAGUUGUGGACGUAGUAUUGAUGGCCGUGGUUCCUGCACCUCCUGGUUGUCGUUACGUCGCUCUCAGUUACAUAUGGGGAGGGAUUGGCGCAGAGUAUUGGACGACGAAAGAUAAUAUUGCAGAGCGGGGCACGCCUGGCGGGUUAAACACGGCAAAGCUCCCGGAUACCAUCACUGAUUCGAUUCUAUUCGUUCGACAACUUGGUGAACGUUACAUAUGGAUCGAUACUCUAUGCAUCAUUCAAGACAAUUCGCAGGACAAGUUUGCUCAGAUAAACAAUAUGGAUCUUGUGUACGGCCUGUCUUAUCUUACAAUAAUCGCUGCCGGUGGCACCACGGCUCGAGACCCUCUCCCAGGAUGUCGUCCACAAACUAGAACGCAACAGCAUAUCGAAGUCGUUCAAGGACUUCAUCUCUAUGCGGCACCUCCAAGACUUAAGGAGGCUCUUACUUUGUCCGCAUGGAAUACACGUUGUUGGACCUAUCAAGAGUGCGCACUUUCCCGCCGAAGGAUAUACUUCACUGGGCAGCAAGUCUACUUUGAGUGCCAGUUUGAUGUCUUAUGUGAAGACGUCAUCGCUGAAAGCAAGUGUGACUCCACCAGUUUUCUCAAGCUUUCACGGGCAGAAUAUUUCCCUCAGUCAUUAGACCCUUUCACGAGUUACUUGGCGGCCGUUAGACAGUGUACACGGCGCAACCUCACUGUGGAAUCAGACAUCGUCGAUGCUCUCACGGGAGUGACAAAUGCUUUGGCAAAAGCCUUUGGGCUCGGUGACCCAGACAGAGCCUUUCGCUAUGGAAUGAUGUUGACGGACCUGCAUCACUCGCUUCUCUGGCAACACCAUCCACACACACCUCGUACUCGUCGUUCGCUCCCUGAUGGAUGCAGUUUACCCUGGCCCUCCUGGUCGUGGGCUACGUGGCAUGGUGCCGUUAACUACGUGUCGGAGCAUCGGUAUUUGGUGACCCAUCCUGAGGAUGCUUGGCUCGUGAACGAAUUUGAAUUUGCCAAGCCUUCGGUGGUAGAAAUGUUUGUCGAUCCAUGGUACAUCGUGGACCAUGGUGGCAUUAUAGUGCAGCUUGAUGUACGCAGGGAUUCCCGGCGGGUUGUUUUGAUUCGCGAGACAGAAAGAAAGGUGUCCACAUAUUCUUCCCCGCGAGGGAUUAUAGACCCAACGGAGAUGACCCCAGACAGUCAUCGAGCGCUCAACCCAGGCACCCUCAUUUUCCGCACGACUUCUAGCCACUUUGCCAUUGCACGGCGACGUGGUGAAGAAUCGAACGCAUCUAUUCACCAUGGUCUGUUCAACAUUCUCUCCGGUUCCUCCCCUCCCAUUUGGGUCGGCACUGCUGUCCUACCAUUGGACGCUGCCCUGCCGACUUCCCUCGAAUUCAUCGUCCUUUCCCGUACCAGUUUGAACGACGGGUACGACAUAGAGAGGUUUGAGUAUUACAACGAAUGCUUGCUAUAUGUGAUGGCGGUUAGUCAGAAUGGGGGUUUGAUGGAACGUGUUGGGUUGGGCAUCAUUCACGAAGCAGCCUGGAUUGCUUCAGGAAUGGAGGAGAAGGUGGUGUUUCUUCGAUAAUGUUUGGCGGUGAUAGUAUACCUCAGCUGUUUGAAUCAACAAUUCCACAUUCAGUUUCU